AUGCAAAGGCGGUUCUUCAAUUCAACUAACCAUGAGGUUGAUAAAUCUGCCAGCAAUAAUGGUAUUGAAUCCAAUGACCUCAAGCUUAAUCAUCCUGUUGCAAUUUGCCAGAAUUCAAAUAUCGAUAAUAUCUCAAACGAUGCAACACCCGACGAUAUUUCGGACGACUCGCCCGUAUCUGCAUCUCACACAAUAACAGAGAGAGACGUAUUAGCGGUAAAAUCUCGUAUUUUGUCACAGCUAAACGGAGGGGUGACUCACAUUGAGGAUUCCAAUAUCUUUCACGGAUACGAGAUUGUUCGCAAUAUACUUGAGAAAACCGUAACUCAAGGUGAACGACACUCUCUAUUACUAGUGGGCCCAAGAUCAUCAGGAAAAUCGACAAUUGUGAAAAAGUCUUUGAAAUACUUAACAGAGAAAUAUCCCCAGGAUUUCCUUGCGAUUCAUUUGAACUCUGUGAUACACUCCGAUGACAGUGCCGCAGUCAGAGAGAUCGCACGCCAGUUGGACCUAACCACAAGACGAAAUAUCGAGAACAAAGGUGCCCACUUUACUGCAUCUCAAUUAGAGACCACAAUUGAGCGCAAGUCAAUUCAUGAAACUUUUUCAAAUAUUUUAAAUGUGCUAAAUAUUUCUUUAGAGAAUGUCGAGGAUUCAGGUACGAAGCACACGCCGUUAGUCUUCAUCAUCGAUGAAUUUGAAAAAUUCACAUCAAAUUACAAGCAGACCUUAUUGUACAAUCUACUUGACAUGUCACAAAACAGCGAUGUACCCAUCACAGUGAUUGGAUUGACGACAAAAAUCAACGCUAGGGACAACAUGGAGAAAAGGGUCAACAGUCGUUUCUCACAACGCAUAUUGACAAUUUUGCCAACAGUAAAAUUUGCAGAUUACGUGGAAAAUGUCAUGAGUGGGCUUUUAGUGAGUGAGGCGUUUUCCGAAUCUCUAGAUGCUUCUCCUUAUGGAAGAGAAUGGAAUGGAAGCAUAAAGCGGAUGUUUCAAGAUGGCAAAAAUAGUGAUAUUCACAUGUUGUGCAUGCGAAAUUUCAACACCACCAAGAAUUACAGGGAGAUACAUAACAUUUUCAAAGUUUUGCUUUCGGAAAUUUCUACUGACAAUCCUUACUUUGACAAUUCGAGGUUGAGUGAUGUAAUACAAAAAUGCACUCUGAUUGGGAACCUUCAAUCUGCUGUUUGUUCUCUCUCAGAUAGUGAGUUACUCAUUUUGGUUGCGGCAGCGAAGUGGAUCGAGAAGUUUGAGUCUCCCACGGUGAACUUCAAUUUGGCGUUCUGCGAAUACAUAUCGUUAAUGAAAGAGUCAGAUUCUGUCGCUAAUGCAUCAUUUUCGAUAAACAAUAUGAAAGUGAACAAAAAGCAUUGGUCGAAAAAAGCAUUGAGGAAUAGCUGGGAAGUAUUGUUCAAAUGCAAUCUACUUGUUGAACCCUUGUCUACACUGUCCACUCAGAGUGCAUCAACUGAAAGAAGGGCCAUAAAGACAGUUGUUAUUGAUGACAAUACAAUGGUUUUGCUCGACAUUACUUUGGAUGAACUAAAUGUGCUAGUAGGGGAUAGUAGAUUGGCAAAAAAACUCUUGCGAUUAUAA